AUGGAAGGAGACAAUGACUCUGUGGUGACUGAAUUCAUCCUGGUAGGAAUUUCUGGGGGCCCUCAUGUGAAGUUCACCCUCUUUGGCUUCCUUUUUGCAAUCUACCUACUGACCCUGGUCGGAAACACACUCCUGAUCCUGCUCACCAGAGUGGACCUCCGACUCCACACCCCCAUGUACUUUUUCCUCAGUAACUUGUCCUUCUUAGAUAUCUGCUAUAUCACCAUCAACGUCCCUCAGUUGAUGGUCCACUGCCUCUCCAAGAGACCCUCCAUCUCCCUGGGCAGGUGCUUGGCUCAGAUGUACAUCUCACGCUUCUUGGGGAUAACCGAGUGCCUUCUGCUGGCUGUGAUGGCUUAUGACCGCUGGGUGGCCAUCU